AUGGACCGUGACAACACGAAGCUAGUCCUGCAGCUGGUGGCCAAGCUGCCUCUGAUGGCGAGGGUGGCCCUGCUCCACCUUCUGCACAUGUCGCCGCCCUCCAAGUACGUCGACCUGCGGACCGAGCUGACGGUUGCCGUGCUGCGGUCGUUCCUGGAACCCUCCACGCCCAUGAGCAUCACCGGGACACAGAAUCUCCUGAACCGGGACCCGGGGAUCAAGGGCCGCAUCUGGAUCGCAAAGUACACGGCUCCUGCGCCGCCGGAACCCAGCAUCCGGGACAUUGUCAUCCGCACUGUCGAGUCUAUGCGCCCUGCCGCCACUGCCGCCGCAGCUGAUCAUGAUGAUGACAAGAGCCAACCGUCGCCGCCGCCGCAGCCGUUGACCGGUGUGCAGUGGCCCGAUGUGGUGCCUGUGGAGGCAGAGUGGACAGGAUACCGGGCAAGCGCGACAGCGUCGUCACGACUGCCGCUCAUCACGGAAGCGGAGAAGUACGGCGAGAUGAUGAAGGAGGUCACGAGCCCUGUCACCGUUCUAUACUUCCACGGCGGGGCUUAUUACCUGAUGGACCCGGCGACGCACCGACCGACGACCAAGAAGAUUGCCAAGUUGACGGGCGGGCGUUGUUACUCUGUGCGAUACAGGCUGGCACCGCAGAACCCGUUUCCGGCUGCGCUGAUCGAUGCACUUCAAUCGUAUCUGGCCCUGCUUUUUCCUCCCCCAGGCGCCCUUCACGACCCCGUCAGGUCCGAGGAUAUCGUCUUUGCGGGCGACAGCGCAGGAGGCAACCUCUGCAUGGCCUUGAUCCAGCUGCUCCUCGAUGUCAGGCGCCGUGGCAACGUAGAGAUCCAGUGGCACGGCCAACAGAUCCACACAGUUCCUCUUCCAGCAGGCAUCGCGCUCAGCUCGCCCUGGCUGGACAUGACACACUCGUCCGCCUCAUGCAAGACCAAUACGCCCUUUGACUAUCUUCCCAUGCUGGAGGAGCUCGACAAGAUCCCACGGCCGUCCUGUCCGGCCUGGCCCGCCCAGCCGCCCCGCAAGAUGCUUUACUGCGACGACGCGCUCAUCACACACCCGCUCGUCACCCUCCUCACGGCGCCCAGCUGGGAAGGAUGCCCACCCGUGUUCAUGUCGACAGGGUGGGAGCUGCUUGCCGACGAGGACAAGUACAUGGCUGCACAUUUGCACUCGCAAGGGGUGCCGGUCGUCUGGGAGGAAUACGAGGGGAUGCCGCAUUGCUUCGCCAUGGUCCUGACCGACCACCCCAUGUCGAGGAUGUGUUUUGAGGCGUGGGCACGAUUUAUGAAGGAGGCCGUGGAGUCUCCGACAAACGAGAAGAAGAGCGUGUUCAGGACGAUCCGGGCCAAGACGAUGAAGGACGAGGAGAGAGACCCGGCGCAGCUGGCGCCGUACACGGAGAGAGACUUGCAGGAUCGGUUGCGAGAGCUGGCGGCGCAGUGGACAGGCCCGAAGGCGACUGGAGAUGUUGCUGCGAGGCUGUAA